GAAUCCAGGGGAAGAGAUGGAAGAGAAAGAAAAACAAGCUUGAAGCAGUCCAACCUAGGGCUGGCUAGGGCCUUCUGUUUCCUCAGGGACACCCCACACCCACCACACACUGGGAUGAGCGCUUGCAGAGGAACAAUUCAGAUGUCACACAUUCCAGGACCCACAUCCGUAAACACACAGCAAGUUCACCAGUGCCAGCACCUCCCCACAGCAAAUCAAGCAGCUGUCCCAGAGGGCACAGGGUCUCUGCAGCCAUUUGCUUUCCCCAGGGCUGCAGCCCCCAGACAGCAGUACUCGGAGUCCCUCUCAUCUCCAAGAAUAAACUCUGAAGCCAGCAACCCUGCGGACCUGAAUCAUCAGGGAGCCUGUCAGAGGAGGGGCAGUGACUCUCCCGGACAAGCAAGCAGGCUAUAUAAGUUCCAGAAGGCUGGGCUCCACUCAGAUCUUUUCCAGCGGCUGCUGCUUUACCAGAGAGGUGCCUUCGGAGACGCAGCGCUUAUACAACAUCCACCAUGUCCCAGGCUGGUGCUCAGGAAGCCCCCAUCAAGAAGAAGCGCCCCCCUGUGAAGGAGGAGGACCUGAAGGGGGCCCGAGGAAACCUGACCAAGAACCAGGAAAUCAAGUCCAAGACCUACCAGGUCAUGCGGGAGUGUGAGCAAGCUGGCUCGGCCGCCCCAUCGGUGUUCAGCCGCACCCGCACAGGCACCGAGACUGUCUUUGAGAAGCCCAAAGCCGGACCCGCCAAGAGUGUCUUCGGCUGAGAAGUGCAUGCCACUCCCCUUGCUGCCCAAAUGCUCCAAAACAGCAGCCUUUCCCCGGAACUCUUUUUUAUGCCAGAACACCUUUCCCCUGCCAUCUCUGGGGCUGCCACCCUCCCCCACAGUCCUGGCCCUUCAGCCAAGGGCUCUUCACCAGCACCUUGAAGCCCCAAUAAAGAGGAUGCACAAGUGGCCCCAGCAGUUGGAAGGUGUUGGUUGAUCCCUGGGUGUGGCCACUAUUGAGGGGGAGGACAGGGUGGGAUCAUGGAACAUGUUCAUUUGGGAGGCUCCUAGGGGAUAGCACAGGUGCUGUUAUGGCCGCUGCACAUGCUGCCUUGGACAUGGAGACCCGGUGCUGACCUGUGACUUCAGACCAGAUUGUUCGGAGCCUCAAUUUCCCCUUUUAUACCACAGGGGAGUUGAGCUGGAGCCUAUUCCAUAAAGCAGGCCAUGGUGACACUGCUCAGAGUGAAGUGGGUAGGGGCUCAGGGACCACCUCUCCCUCUGCCUUCCACAGAACUGCUGAGAAGCCUCCAAGGACCCCCAGGCUCUGCGGCUCCUAGGGACCUCAAAACCCCUCUCCUUGCACUUUUGUUCACACUGCCUCCUUGCCAGCUUUUGUCCCCUCCAAGACAAAGCCAGAUUGAGAUUCCUCUCUGGCAGUCAAGUUUCCUGAGCCAUUGUCUCUUCUAAACAGCAGGGUAAGCCUCUCAUGUUCUGCUCCAACCAGGCUACCUGCGGCAUGGGAACACCAGAUUCUCAGCCUGCGGAACCCUUCCCUCUCCAGUCCUCUGUCCCAUGUGCCUGGAACUGCCAGAUUCAAAAGACACAGAGGCCUGUCCCAUUGUGAUGGCAAGACCAUGGACAGGCUGACAGUGUCUCCUUUCGGAGAUAGACUGGCAGAGCCUGGGCUUGUGGUGUCUAGCUCAGGGCAGCGGCCUGCUGGGGAUGCCCCCCUGUCCCAACACCAGGGGAACCAGCUGCCCAGAGCCUUUCCCACAGUCCCGGCCAGCCUGGCCUCCUUAUAUAGCUCUGGGUCUAGGCUAGCCCCAUCCUCUGUGCCCCAAGGGAGCAGACCUGCAGUGAGGAAGGGCCUGGUCCUACUUGCUGGACCCCAUGGGGAGGCUCGUCCCCCAGACACUGAAAGGGGUAUGUUCCCCUGUCCCAGUCAUAUCCAGAGCCGAAAGGGUGAGCAGUAGAGACGUGUGCAGAGAGGCUUCUGGCCAGUCAUGCUAAGGAAGGGGAGCGUCUUCUUUACAGCUGUAGAAAUAGCUCCAGUCUGUGACACCCUGCUCCAGGCCUGCUGCUGCCUCUAAUGGAGACAGGGCUGGUGGAGAAAAACCUCCCCAGCCUCUGGCUGCCCCAAGGCCCCCCAUAGGUCCCUAAGGCAGCUGGCCCCCUCAGGGCUGGUGUCACGGAGCUGUCCUUCCCUUAUCCAGGACUUGGCACCUGACCACAUUUGUGACUCAUGUUUACCCAUCUAUGGCCACAGACUCCCCAGAGCCACCAGGGAACAUGAGCUCCAGCAGCACCCAGAGCACGUAAUAUGUACUCACUCGAUCGAACUUCACAACGAGCAGAGUGCUUCAACUUUAAUAAGCCCAGGACCUAACCCAGGCCCUUGCGCAGCGCUCCCCUGGGUCUGGCUGCAGCUCUGCCUCAUGAAAACGGCAUUCUGCCCUCUCUCAACCUGCAAUUCCUGGGCUCUCUCCGCUCCACCAGCCACCACCCCAGUCACCCCUCAGGAGCUACUGGCACUGUCAGCUCUGUCCUCUGUUCCAUGGUCUCCUGUCAAUAAACUUCCCGCCUGGAGACCUCUGUGCCACAGGAUGUGGCGGCUUUA